AUGAAGACGGACAGCGCGGCGCAGGCGGCGCCGUUCAGCGGCAGGAAGCAGAGCCUGAUCGAGGAUGCGCGCCGGGAGCGCAGCAGCGGCUCCGCGGGCUCUCCGGGGCCCUCCAGGUACGGAGACGGCUUCGUGUUCGAGGAGAAGGACGGCAGGGUCACCCUGAAUGUGCUGUUCACCCUCAGCAAUGAGAAAAACACGGGAUUCUUCAAAACUGGCAAAAUAUUCGAGACGUUUGAGGCGAAGCUUCUCCACAUCGAAAGUCGACCGGGGAGGAAGUCGAAGAACAGCACAACCGACCUGGACUUCUUCAUGAAGUGUGAGGUUCACAGCUCAGACCUGGACGUGUUCAUCAACGCCCUGAAGAGAGUCGCCGACGACGUUCGCUCCAUCCCGGAGGAAAAAGUGCCCUGGUUUCCCCGACAGAUAAAAGACCUCGACAGAUGCAACAUGUUAAUAACCAAAUUUGAUCCUGACAUGGACCAGGAGCAUCCGGGAUACAGCGAUCCAGAAUACAGAAAAAGACGAGCUUUCAUCUCUGAGCUUGCAUUCAGAUACAAACAGGGGGACCUGCUGCCCACCGUGGAGUACACGGCGGAGGAAGUGGCCACAUGGAGGGAGGUUUACCGGCAGCUGAGGAGCAUUUACCCGAGUCUGGCCUGCAGGCAGUUCAUGGACGGCCUGCAGCAGCUGGAGAGAGACUGUGGCUACGGAGAGGACCGCAUCCCUCAGCUCAGAGAGGUUUCUGCCUUCCUGAAAGAGAAAACGGGUUUCCAGCUGCGUCCAGUCGCCGGCCUGCUGUCAGCCAGAGACUUCCUCAGCAGUCUGGCCUUCAGGGUGUUUCAGUGCACCCAGUACAUCCGCCACUCGUCUGCUCCCAUGCACUCCCCCGAGCCAGACUGCUGUCAUGAACUACUCGGCCAUAUUCCCAUGCUGGCAGAUAAAGAAUUCGCCCAGUUUUCACAGGAGAUCGGCCUUGCCUCGCUCGGAGCAUCUGAUGAAGACAUUGAGAAACUGUCAACAUUAUAUUGGUUUACUGUGGAGUUUGGCCUCUGCAAGCAGAACGGCACAGUGAAGGCUUACGGUGCCGGACUCCUGUCGUCUUAUGGAGAACUUGUAUACGCUCUGUCUAAUGAGCCGGAGUACAAGCCGUUUAACCCUGAGGAGACGGCAGUGCAGCCGUAUCAGGACCAAACCUACCAGCCUGUGUACUUUGUGUCUGAGAGCUUCGAGGACGCAAAGAUCAAGUUAAGGAGAUACUCUGCAGCCAUCAAGCGUCCCUUUGCGGUCCGCUACGACCCGUUUACUUGCAGCGUGGAGGUCCUGGAUCAGCCCGGCAAGAUCCAAAACGCUCUGAGCCAGAUGAGAGAAGACCUGAAGACCCUUCACAGCGCCUUGGAGAAGCUCAGCUCAUCUUGA